AAAAGGUUUGGCCUUUUCUGAACUUUCGGAUUCACAAGCUUUGCUUUGAAGCAAAAGCCAGCGAACGUGUGUCGUCUUUUAUUAUACAAUCAUCGGAGUAGGAGAUUCCCAGAAAAGAAAAACAAUUUUAAAGUAAAAGCACUUAUCAGAGUUAGCCAUAACCAACAGAACAACUUCUAGGUUGUAGCAUAUCCGAGAAUAAAGACUCGAGCAACAAAGAAGGCGAUAUUGUGAGUAGCGAUCAUGUGCUGUGGAGACGGCGAGUGCAGGCCACUUGGGUUUCUUCUGGGACUUCCCUUUGCUUUUCUUGCUCUUCUGAUCUCCAUCGUUGGCGUUGUCGUCUGGAUCGUCGGAUUGUUGCUGACAUGCAUAUGUCCUUGUUGUCUGUGUGUGACAAUAAUAGUGGAGCUGGCUUUGGAGCUGAUCAAGGCACCCAUUCAUGUCAUGGAGUGGUUCACUUCUCAGAUCCCCUGUUGAUUCAUUUUCAUGGUCUUUCUGUUUAUUAUGGAUUUUCACAUAUAGAGUUGAUUGUCUUUUGUCGCUAAUUUUGGGACUCUUCUGGCUAUGAUUCUUGUGUAUAUCUUUCCCUGGUUGAUCUGUCGUUGUGAAUUUUCUGACACAACAUGUAUAAUGGUUUUGCAUUCCUCCUUUUGUUUCUCUUGAUGAUUGUGACAUUACAUUGAAAUGAAAUAAUGAUGGAAGCGAUAUCGUUCAAAGUA